UGUGAAGCUUUCUUUACAGAGAUAAGAAUGGUGUCUUAGAAUAUAUAAAAUGCCUUCUGAAGAACCUAAUAAUAACGAUGUCAAUAUAAACUUGGAGUGUAGUGGUCAGAUAUUUACCGAAGAACAAUUGGCAAAGAGAUAUGGUUACCCAUGGGAUAAUAUCAGCACUGGAACAAAGCUGAAAAUAUUUCUGAAAGACAAAUUGAAAUGCUCACGCGAAAGAGCAAAACGAUUUAUCACUUCUUUGGUUCCGAUUUUGAUUUGGUUGCCACAAUAUAAAAUAAAAUCCUACUUGCCAGGAGAUCUUAUUGCAGGAUUUACUGUGGCCAUGGUUCUGCUUCCCCAAGGAAUGGCGUACAGUAUGUUGGCGUCUCUCCCACCUGUUCAAGGGUUGUAUACUUCCUUCUUCCCAGUAAUACUGUAUGCUUUACUUGGCACAUCUAAUCAAGUGUCAAUGGGAACAUUUGCAGUAGGUUGUAUUAUGGUGGGGGAUGUAAUAGACAAGCAUGUUAACGUUGAUGAUUACUGUAAACAAACGAUAACUACCUCACAGCCAAUAAACAGCAUGGUGAGUUCAUCGGAAACUUGGGAAACUACUUCAACUACAAGUUGCAAUGAUUUAUAUAUGGAACGAAGAAUUGAACUUGCAAUUGCUAUUUGUCUGGCUGUAGGAGUUAUACAGGUUGUAAUGUAUAUUCUACGUCUGGGAAAAGUAACAAUGUAUCUUUCUGAACAUUUGGUUUCGGGCUUUACGUGUGGAGCGGUGUUUCCCGUUCUUUCGUCACAAAUCCCAAAACUGUUAGGAAUUCCUGUUCAAAAAUACAGUGAUCCACUUUCGAUCAUUUACACAUUCAUCGAUAUGUUUUCAAACAUCACAUCAAUAAAUUGGGCUACAGUGAUUGUGUCGACGGUAUGUUCGGUAGUAUUGAUUGUCGGAAAGAUAAUAAAUGUUCGUUAUUACGAUAGACUUCCUAUACCGAUACCAUGGGAAGUCUUUAUAGUCAUAUUUUCUACUAUUGCUUCGUACUACGGAUUACUUUAUGAAAACCACAGUGUUAGUGUCGUGGGUGACAUUCCAACUGGGUUUCAACUCUCAGUACCAGAUAGCCACGAUAUCGGAUCUGUUAUGCUGGAAUCUAUACCUGUAGCAAUCGUUAUAUAUGCGAUCGAAAUUUCACUUGCAAAAAUGUUUGCAAUUAAGAGUGGCUGUGAAAUUGAUGCAAAUCAGGAGCUAAUGGCAAUGGGUUCUGCAAAUAUCGUUGGUUGUUUUUUCUCUUGCUUUCCUUGCGCAGUAGCAUUAUCGCGAACCGCCAUCUCGGACGAAGUUGGUGGGAAAACGCAGAUCACUGGACUUAUAGCAGCAUCUAUAAUACUGACAGUCAUUCUGUGGAUUGGUCCCUUAUUUGAAUCCUUACCAGAAGCCGCUCUAGCUGUAAUUAUUCUUGUGAAUAUAAAAGGCAUGCUUCGACAAUUUGAGAGGAUAAGGGGUUAUUGGGAAAUAUGUAAACUGGAUGCAAUAACCUGGUUGGUCACGUGGGCAUGUGUCGUGUUUAUUGGAGUUGACAUCGGUCUCCUCAUCGGGGUCGGGUUUGAACUAAUUACGGUUGUGUGUAAUACUCAAACAGCAAAUGGUUAUGUACUUGGUGAAAUAGAAGGAACCGGAAGCUAUAAGAAUGUGAAAAGAUACAAAACAAAACGAAAAAGUGACAGAAAUAUUAUUAUAUUUUCAUACUCUGGACCUUUGUAUUUUGCUAAUCUUGAAAGAUUUCGAAGCCAAUUUUGCAAAUCUCUUGGAUUCGACCCAACACGGAGUAGUGCAACUUACAAAGAACGCCAAGGGAAUUCGAAAAAAAGCAGCUUGUCAGGCGUUCAAAAUGAAGGAUUCACUCUCGAAAAUGCAAAUUCCAACGAAGAAAAAGAUAGUGGAAUAAACACUAUUUCAAGUAUAAAUAGUUUGGAAACAAACACAAAUAUAAAUUCCUCUGUGCAAGCUGACAGCACUGUAAUGUCGUCAUCAUUUUCUGACGUCGAUAUUGGGAGCGGAGUCACCCACGUUAUUCUGGAUAUGUCUGCAUGUUCUUAUAUCGAUAAUGGUGGAGCAAAACUCAUCAAAUCAGUAUUUACAUCACUGAAAGCGCUUGAUAUUCUUCUUAUGCUUUGUCACUGCAAUGAAUCCGUGAGAAAAUCGCUGGGAUUUGUCUUUAAAACAGGCAAGCCGCCAUUCUUCUUUUCAUUGGAUGGAGCUGUUUCUCAUGCAAGAGGAGAGAUUCUCCUCAACAUCGAUGAUCAUGGCAAUGUUAUUGAAGAUACCAAUGUAAAAAGAAUUGGCACAUUGUUUUGAAGCGGUAUCAUUUCCUCACGCAAUGAUCUCACAUUGUAGUUUUGUUCUUUGCAGUAUUACUUUAUUAGUAAGAAAAAGAUUUUUUUCUAAUCAAUGAUAUGACAUAGAACACACAUAAAUCAACAUGUAAGUUCAUUCAAAUUCAUUUAUAAUCAUUCUUUAGUUUAUUCAGUCAAAAAUUUCAUGCCAUUACAAUUAUAUACCAAUACUACCAAUUGAUUCAAUAUAAUAUAUUUUGUAAAUGGCACACACACUCAAACAAUUUCAAUGUUUUGUUAUAAAUAUAAAAAAAAUAUAUUUAGCAAUCAUUCGUUCCGCUUAUCAUGAGAACUGAGUUUUGUCGUCAGGUGGCGUCACAGAGUCAAAAAAUUGAACCUCUUAAAAUUCGUCUCUGUGUAAUUAUUUUUAUUGAGAUAUUUGUGCCAACAAAAUCAAUCGGAUUCCAAAAUAAUUUUGGAUGGGAUUCCACAAUAAUGUCAGAUCGUACUGUAAUAGAUUAUUUAACGAACAAAUUAUCAUAAUAAUUUUACUACGAUUGAGUCCAUAUGCAAAUUGAGUUUCAACCAUCUUAGCAAUUUGGUCCUGCUCAAAGACAUUUUUACAAAAUCAUUUUAUAUUUCAACCUAAUUGUUUUGUCUAUUCCGUCCAUCUUACCUCGAGCCUCGAGGAUUUGUUAUAAAAUUCUUCUAAUUUGAGCUACUGUAACUGAA